AUGGGGGAAAAUGGCCGGCGCCUACAUGUGUACGACGUUGCGACUGCCGAGCGCAGCUGUGCCCUUGUCUUCAACGGCGGCGAAGGUCACGCAGUGGCACACGCUAUGUCCCUGCUGGGCGUACUCCUAAACUGUGUCGAUGAGCUGAAGGAUAAAUAUGGACUGCUGAUAUGCAAACGCAGCAGCUGGGAUGCGGCCGUAACCAUCCUUGACCAUAGUCUAUAUGACAGUUUCGGGGCAUGCGGAUAUCAUCGCGAAUUCUCGCAAGGAUUGUCAGUGGUAGCUGAAGACGUGCAGGAUACUCUGGAGGCUAUUUUUAGGCAUGCUUUCGGUGUGGAGGAUGCCCUCAUACAGACGCCUUCGCGCUCCAGAAUCCGGGGCUCACUCGCAGACGACAUCAGCAACGACCUGUGUUCACAAAUGUCUAAUGCGAGUUUGCACACGGAAGGCGCUGUGAGUGGUCAAGAGCAGGUCCCAACUAAUUUCUCGAGAACCACGCCGACGCCUGCUAACACUAAUGGCUCGGACUACUGCUCCAUGCAGAAUAUGAUCACGAUGGACCGAUCUAGAGAGAUGAAUCUCGAACGUUUAAUCGUGCGCUUUGUAGAGGAUACCCCAAUGGAGUCACUGGGCGAGAAGCGAUCUGCCGACUUCAAUACAUUCGUAGAACCCGGCUUGGAAAUGAAGUGGAACUACAUACAGGCUGCGAACGAGAUAUGCAUACACCCCCCGUCUGUUGCUGUGACAGUAGUUGCAGACCUUGCGUACAUGCAGUUCCAUCGCAAACGCCGGGAAGAAUGCGUACAACGGUUGCAUUGUAACAGUAACAGUGCCAAUAGCGGAGUGGACACUUCUUCAGAAGACACAUACCACUCACCAACUCAUCCGUUCGAUACAGGAAGCAUGAUCACGUGGGAAGAGGGCGGUUUUCGAUUAACGUGGCUCAGGUCAUACACGUUCUCCGUCGCACUAACACUCAACGCACUAAACGCGAAUUUGGUUCAAUCACAGCCUGAAACUACCAAACUACCUAAACUCUUUCUUAUGGAACGCUUACCUGCUACCGUUUGUUCCCAACGUAAGUUCAUGUCGUUCCUUCGGAGCAGGUUCCAGUUUCUAUACCGACUCGAAUAA